ACUUGUAUUAUAAAACAUUAACACUUGAAAUCAUGUGGUUAAAGAAAGAGUUCCUUAUAUUUGCUACUCUAUUUUACUGUUUUUGGCUCGUUGAUGGUUGCUAUGAAGGUGAAAGAGCAGCACUAAUGAGCUUCAAAUCGUUGCUGACUGAUCCAUCUAAUCGGUUAUAUUCAUGGAAAGGCAAAAAUUGUUGCAGUUGGAAAGGAAUCAAAUGCUCGAGUUCAGGUCAUGUUGUAGUUGUAGACCUCUGGAAUCCUCAUCCGAUUGAAGUCAAGAUCAAUAUCAAUAAGGAAGUUGUUUCAAAUUCUAAAAACACGUCCGAUUUUGCCCUUAGAGGUACUAUAUCUCCAUUGCUCUUCACACUUGAUCGUAUCCAACAUCUCGACCUGAGUUACAACAACUUCAUGUUCUCAAAGUACCUGCUGAGAUAUCGAACUUAACAAAGUUGACUUAUCUCAAUCUGUCGAAUGCCAUGUUUCAAGAUUCCAUCGCCAUACAAUUUACAAACCUUACAUCACUAAGGUCUCUUGAUCUUUCAUGUGCUAACUUAGUACCUGAUUAUUCUUCUGUUUCUGUUAGCUUGACAUUUCCACUGAAGUUGGAUUUUAGCUCAUCGUUGUUAUCUUUUAUAAGUUACGGUUAUUUGUCUAGUCCAAAUCUAAGGUGGUUGGAAGGACUCCAACGUCUAAGAUAUCUAGUGUUGACUGGUGUUGAUCUAUCGAAGGCGUCUGAAUCAGUUCAUUGGGCUAAACCAAUAUCAAGCCUUUCAAAUCUCAUGUCACUUCGUUUGUCCAACUGCAACAUUUCAGGAAGAAUUCCGAUAGCGCAGUUUCUUAACCUUACUAAUAUUGCUAGUCUAGAUAUGAGCUCUAACGUUCUAAAAUCCUCGAUACCUGAUCUGCUAUCGAACAUCACAACCCUCUCGGUUCUUGAUUUUAGUAGAAAUGAUUUAAAUGGUCAUAUCCCUUACCUUCCUCAACUCGAAGAACUUUCUGUUGCUAGCAAUCCUGCUGUUACCAUAGAUCUUGUUUCAAUGUUCGCAGUACCGUGGUCAAAGUUGACAUUACUCGACAUAUGCUUCACACGGGUAGGUGGAACGAUUCCUCCUUCCUUAAGUAACUCAACUUCGUUAACCUUUUUCCGAGCUCAUGGAUGCUCGAUACAAGGGUCGAUACCUUCUUCUAUCACAAAACUUGAAAAGUUAAGUGUGCUGAUGCUCAAUGAAAACGAUAUCACAGGCCAAAUUCCUGCAUCCAUGUCCAGUUUAACAACCCUUCAAUACUUAUCGCUGUUUCAGAACCAAUUAGAAGGUAACAUACCGAUUUCGAUUUGUCAAAUCUCCUCCCUAGAGUACCUGAAUUUAGAAUGGAAUGAUCUAACAGGACGUCUUCCGUUGUGCAUAAUUCAGCUUCCUAAGCUUUCAUUUCUUUAUAUUCAGAGGAAUAGGCUGAAUGGUAAUAUGCCAUUUUCUUUGUUCCGAAAGUCUAGAUUGGAUGAAAUUAGUUUAGGAACUAGCGGAUUGUCAGUGGAAAUCGAUGAUCCAGAUCAAACCUUCGCGCAAACAUUCCAGCCCAAGAUUUUGGACUUCACAUCUUGCAACAUGAGAGGAGAAAUCCCGGAUUUCUUUUCAAAUUUUACGAGCCUCGUGGUUCUGAAUUUCGCUAACAACAGUCUAUCUGGUGCCAUACCACAGUGGUUGUUCAAUCUUGCCGCUCUCUCUAUACUAGCUUUGCCUAUGAAUAACUUCAUCGUGUUUAUACCUCCAAUGAUUCACCUGAAAUCUUCUCUUUUCCCAACAAUGAUAAAUUGAGCCAGAAACAAACUUCAAGGCCCGAUCCCUACUCAGCUCGAGAAUGUUAAUGUCAUCGAUUUGACACUUAACAAUUUCGUAGGCUCAAUUCCAUCACAGAUAGGAGAAACUCCUGGUAUCAUGUCCAU